UGCGGCUGUGUAGAAAGCAGUAGAGAAUUUUUUAUCUUGCAGUACUUUAGGAGUAAAUAAUAAAUAUACAGUAAACAGUGACCAUGAAUAGAUCAGAAAACUUCACCUUAGGAACGAAUUAUGUUGGAAUUCGAGUCGGUGCUUCAGUGACUUCUUUUCUGCUGCUAGCGUUUUUCAACAUUGUCAUCAACUCUACAAUCCUUCGUAAGGGCAAGCUGAGGAGUCAGGCACGAUUCAUGCUUCUCUUUCACCUUCUUCUCUCUGGCGUGCUGUAUUUUGGGGUGAGCAGCUUAUUCUACAGCUUGUCCUACAAAGGGGUGGACAUUCCUCCAUUAGCAUGCCAGGCCCUCCUUGCAAUUUUGAUAAUGAGCGCUUCAAAUAUCCUGCUGACACUGACCUUGAUGGCAGUUGACCGUUACAUGGCUAUAUGCUACCCAUUAAAAUACAGUGCCUUCUGCACUAAGUGGCGAGUGUGGAUCAUUAGCAGUAUUACCUGGCUUGUAGCAGCAAUUAUUCCCAUUACACUGAUGGUGCAGGAGAGCAGGGCAUCAACCAGCAAAGAGAUCUGCUCCCCAUCCAUGGACAAGAGCAAAAAGUUUGGUCAACAGUCUCUUAAGAUUAUACUUGUGUCUUUCUGCACAGUCAUCAUUGCCUUCAGCUACUGGAGGCUGCUACUUGAGGGGAGAAGAAUUGGAGUACUGAAUAGUCGGAACAAACGUGCCAAAAAGACUAUAAUCAUGCAUGCAAUACAGCUAGGAGUCUAUAUCAUCCCCACUUUUAUCAAUUUCCUCCUCCAAGUACUGUUCAAAGCAGGAGUGCUGCAAAGUGUGGAGCUAUUUUCAGUUAUCAAUUACUCUUUUUUCAGCCUGGCACAAUGUAUCAGCCCUGUUAUCUAUGGCCUGCGCAAGGAGGAACUCAUGGAUGAACUACGCCACCCAUUCCCCUGUUUUUCGUGUGACCUAAAGGUUGCACUAGAAUGGAUGUCAAAGAGAAGGAGGCCCACCUUAUGUUUUGGAGUACAGUGAUAGCAGUAAAAGAACAGAGUUGUCGGGUCAAGUGGAAAAGUGGCCUUUAACCAUUUGUAACAUGCUGGGGUCAUGAGAGUAAGGCAAGGAACUGCACACAAGCCCUGAACAUGGCACACAGUACAAGAAUGAAAAAUAAAGUUGGGAAAAUGUACGUGUUUAGAAAAGGUAGCUGCAGCUGCCUAAACACCCUGGGCAGAAGAAGGCAACCAUUGCAAAGGUUUUUGACAACCUCUGGUUUUAUACUACUUGGAACUAAAAGUCUAAUGGAUUAAUGAAUCUGUGACUGGUAACUACUAAAUAAAAAUAUUUGCUACAGACAUUUACAAGACUUUGAAGGGGAGGCUACCAGUAGACUAAUUUAUAUAUGGACUUGUGAACAACACGUGUUUCGGUCUUUUAAUGCAGAGCAGAUAAAAACACUAAAAAGAAGGCAAGCACAUACAACAGACAGUAUGAAUGUUGAGCGAAUGCACAAGGAGUUGAAUAUGAGUUGAAUGAAUACUCAUGGAGUUGAAUGUGAAUGAAAUUAAAUGUUUUUAGACUUUUUUCUAAAGCCAAACAAAUUACAUCUUGAAGGCAAAACCUCAUGUGCAUAUAAGUGGAUCUUUAUGCAUUAAAAUUUUGUAAGCUGUCUAAAGGUAAUUAUACGCACAUUUUCUGUGCUAUUUCUGAUAAAACAUGAUACUAAUUUUGUAGUUUUAUAUUAGUGAAUUAAGAUGAAAACGUUCAGUUAUUGUAUUAUUUUGAUUAUUUUAGAUCUAUUGUUAGAUCUGAUAUUAAAAUGCUACCAUUUUC